UUGGUUGAACUCUGGUCACAUGACACUCCACUACCGGAGUUUCCAAGACAGCUGAAACGCGAUUUUUUGGAUUGGUACAGGAUCCUUUUUAAUUCCGUUGACGCCAACUUGUGUGUUAUGGGCGACAAGAAGAGUCCCACAAGGCCGAAGCGGCAACUGAAGCCGCCCGCCGACGAUGGCUACUGGGACUGCAGCGUCUGCACCUUCAGGAACACCGCAGAGGCGUUCAAAUGCAUGAUGUGCGAUGUCAGGAAAGGCACGUCAACUCGGAAGCCACGGCCUGUUUCUCAGCUUGUGGUACAGCAAGUAAAUCAGCAAUUUGCACCGCCCACGCAGCUUAAAAAAGAGAAGAAAGAAAAAUCAGAGCGAGACAAGAGCGAUAAAGAUCCUUCCCUGAGGAAGAAAAGCCUAAAAAAGAUGAGGCCAAGGUUAAAAAACGUGGACAGGAGCAGCGCACGGCAUCUGGAGGUCACGGUGGGCGACCUAACCGUAAUUAUCACAGACUUUAAGGAGAAAGCCAGGCCCGCGUCUACUUCAACAAACGCAACCUCGGCGGACCUGCACGGUCAAAGCGGCUCGAGCUCCGACAACACCGAAAGAGGGGUAUCCCGAUGUUCGUCGCCGCAGGGGGAGGGCUCAUCAGUCAGCGGAGACGCCCACUAAAUCAUCAAGAUGUCCCCCGACAUUGAAGUACGCCUUGUUCUGCACUCUUGACAACCAACCCAGAAAAAAACAUGCAUGUUUUAUCAUCAGAUGCUGUAAUACGUUAGAAUUGGCUUCCAUGUCACUGCCUUUUCUCCACCAUGAUGGAUCGUCAGCUCAAUGAGGCACAGCCAAAUCUCACACCAUCAACUGAGCAAAUGAACAAGUAGCAUUAAAUGAGGCAAUGUGACCUUAAUAACACAUUGUACUUUACUCUAGAAAUGUAUUAUUUGCACUCGAGUGGCAUCUGAUAUGUUGUGUUUUCUUUGUCAUUGGUCAAUCCUAACACUUUGUUUUUGUUUCAGGUCUUAUCUGUUCUCAUGUCUUUGGAUGCAAUAUGUGUUUAGGGUACAAAUAUUCAACAGGAUACUUUUUCACUCUAUACCUGAGCAUGAUUGAGUCUAUGGAAUGCUUUAUAUUGUAAAAUAAAAUAACUUGUAGAUACUCUUUUAUUUGUG